GAGACUUUGUCAGACUUCCAACAUGGCGGCCGCGUGGUUUCGAUUUGCUCGUCAGAGCUCUGCUUUUUCUGUUGCUUUCAGAGCCUUUUCAGCAUCAGCAGCACACCAGGCCUCGAGAACACCUGUGGGGUUUAUUGGCUUAGGGAACAUGGGAGGACCAAUGGCAAAGCACCUCCUUGAUAACGGACACCCAGUCAUUGUGAAUGAUGUGUAUCCAGAGGCGAUGGCAUCAUUGGAGGAUGCAGGAGCGAUCAAGGCCAGUACGCCGGCUGAGGUUGCCGGUAAGGCUGACAGAAUCAUCACCAUGCUGCCCUCCAGUCCUAAUGUACAGGAGGUGUACUGUGGAGAACACGGCAUCCUCAGCAACGUGAAAGCUGGCAGUCUCCUGAUUGACAGCAGCACCAUCGACCCCGCUGUCUCCAAGGAGAUCGCCGAGGUCGCCGCCAAGAAGGGCGGAGUCUACAUGGAUGCUCCUGUGUCUGGAGGCAUCACGGCAGCGGCAGCAGCUACUCUAACCUUCAUGGUGGGAGGCAGGAAGGAAGAGUUUGAGGCAGCGAAGGAGCUCCUACAGUUCAUGGGGAAGAAUGUGGUAUACUGUGGGGAUGUCGGCUCAGGACAGGCAGUGAAGAUCUGUAACAACAUGCUGCUGGCCAUUGAGAUGAUCGGCGUAUCAGAAACUAUGAACCUGGGCAUGAGGCUGGGUUUGGAUGCAAAGUUGUUAGCCAGUGUGAUAAACAUGAGUACUGGUAGGUGUUGGGCCAGUGACACCUAUAACCCUGUCCCAGGGGUCAUAGAGGGUGUGCCCUCCUCCAACAACUACAAGGGAGGGUUUGGAACUGCUCUCAUGACAAAGGAUCUUGGUCUUGCCCAGAAUGCUGCCACAGCUACCAAAUCGCCGACGCCCCUUGGUUCCCUUGCCCACCAGAUCUACAGAAUUCUAUGUAAUAAGGGGUAUCCACUUAAGGAUUUCUCGUCUGUCUUUCACUAUCUCAGUGAAGAAGACAAAAAAUAGUUAUUGAACUAGAAUUGGAACUGUAGCGUUCAUCAAAGUUACUCUGUAUGGGAGGGGCUAUUUUCCAUGAAAUGCU